AUGGCGACAUCUCUCGCCGCGCAGCUGGCGCAGAUUGCGGCCAAGUCCAAGAUUUCGCUGGACGUGAAGGCGCAGAAAGCACUGCAUGGCAAGUCGCUCAUCUUUGAGCCGCGGGUGGCGGCAGCACAGUCAUUCCAGACGGUCUUUGCGAUAUGCAGCGAGGGCUUUGACGAGCUGUGCCAGUUGGACGAGCGGUUUGUGCCGUUUGCCGACACGCUCUUCAACGAGCUGAGCCAGGACGAGGACCGCACGCAGAUGACGGAGGCGGAGAAUGCGGUCCUGGACAAGAAGAUUGAGGCGUUUCUGCGUCUGGCCGGGGCGCGGCUACGGCUGCUGCCGGCCAUCAAGGCGAUCGAGUGGCUGGUUCGGCGAUUCCAGAUCCAUGAAUACAACACGACAGCAGUGAUCACGACGUUUCUGCCGUACCACUCGAUACCGGUGUUUGUGACGCUGAUGUCGAUUUUGCCGACGAACCUGCCGCACGAGUACCGGUUCCUCAGUCCGUACGUGCGAUCGCUGACAGGGCCGCCACGAGCGGCGAUUGUGCAGCAUGCGACGCAGCACUUUGAGCUGCUGGUGACGCUGUCGGCGUAUGCGCUGACAGCAGCACGGGCGCAGCAGCACUACGGCGGCCUGGUGACGUUCUGGGGCGGGGUGAUGACGGAGGCCGUCAGCGGGAUGCUAGACGGGCUGCGAUCGGGCCACAAGAGCGUACAGUCGGACAACACGCAGACGGUGCUGCAGCGGAUGGGCCCGAUCCUGGGCGAGGCACUGGUCAUCAGCCGGGCACCGGGCAUGCAGGUGGCGGCGUACAUGGUGGUGGCGGUGUUUGUGAGCAAGGCCAACCUCGGCGACGCGGCCAUUACGGCGUUCAUGGAGCAGCUGGUGGUGGGCUGGACGGCCGAGACGGCCAAGCCGGGGCUGGUGUGUCUGGCCAUUCUGGCACAGCACCGGUCGGCGCGCCAGCUGUCACGCAAGGUAGCCAAGGCGGUGCUCCGGGUGGCAGACCUGGCAGCGUUGCUGGUGGAGAUUGGGCGGCAGCGCCGGGUCGACCGGCUGGCCAGUGGCCUGGUGCUGGCACUGACGGAGCGACUGGCCAAGAAGGCGGCAGUGCGCAGCCUGCCACUGAUCAAAGCGAUUCUGCUGGGCGGCGUGCUGCACGAGAAGCAGCUGGCGGUGGCGUUCAAGGCGCUGCUGCUGGCCGCCCACAGCAUUACGGACGAGACCGACCCAGCCGGCACGACACGCAAGGAGCUGGGAGCCAUGCUGGUGGUGCUCUCGCAGGGACAGGCAGAGGCCGGCGGCGACAUUAUCCGCCGAGUGAUUGCAGACGUCGACCUGGACAUUGAGGAGCUCGAGCUCAAGUUGGACGCCACGUUGCGGCCGCAGCCGGUCUUGCUGCUGGCAAACGGGGAUGGCGAGGCGGCCGGUGACGACGAGGCGGCCACCACAGCGUCUCCUACACUCGACGCGCGAAGACGAUUGGUGGAGCAGCUUAGUCAGCUUCUACUAUCGGCCGUGGCGGCGGGACAGGCCGAGCUAGAGCAGCUGGACAGCGCGCCGCUAUUGGGCCGAGCGGACGCAGGCUCGGACUGCUUCUACUUCAGCUUCCUGAUGCGCAUAUGGUCGGGGCCCUACCCGACACUGGCGCGCGUGGCAGCGCUGGACCGCGCAGCCAGGCGGCUGGGGCUGGACGACUGCACGGACGUGGACUUCCAGGCGCUGCUGCCGUACUGCGUGGUAGCGAUGGGCGAUCCGGCUAAGAAGGUGCGGCGGGCAGCCGCGCAGGUGGUGUCUGCGGUGGCGAAGCUAUCUGAGUCGUCGACGGCAGCCGCCGGAAGACAAUGGGGCACCACACAGCUAUACGAGGCGACGGAGAGUGUGAGGCAGGGCGCGGACGCGAACACGGGCUUGUGGCUGUCGACGGGAGCGCGCAAGAGCCUGCUGGACCUGCUGGGCGGAUCGGCCGACGAGGCGGUGCUGCAUGAGGGCCAGCUGUCGGCAGUUCUUAGGGACGCGAUGGAUAAGUCGUCGUCGUCGUCGUCGGGCCAGGGCCAGGGCCAGGGCCAGGGCCAGGGCCAGACCCAUCUAUCGCAUGGGACACGGCUGGCGCUGCUGCGGUUCCUGGCCGGCCACGCGGUAGCGACACCGCUGGUGGGCGUCAAGCUGCGACUGCUACAAACGAUCAACGAGGUGCGCGGCGUGUCGGGGACGACGAGGACGCAGCUGCUGCUGCCGGUGCUGCAGUGGUGGGCGGGCCUGAGCGCGAGCGAGGCACAGCAGGCAGUGAUCCGGGCUGCCGUGGACGAGUCCGAUCUGGAUGGUCGCUGCGUGGACGUGGUGGUGGCCAACGAUAAGGUUGGACUGGAGUGCUUGUUGGCCGUGGUGCAGCAGGGGAAGACGAUGACUAAGCGAGUGGGUCUCGUGCGAGCGGCUUUUGGGCGAAUGCGCAAAAUGUGGCCAGCGAUGAAGGAGGAUUUCCGGGCGGUGACGGCGGAGCUGUUGCUGGAUCUGGUGAUGGCAGGGGAGGGUCCGGACGAGGAGGCGGACGAGGGACAGAAGCUCGUAUCGGAGGAGGCAGCCGACGUGCUGCAGCAAGUGGAGCUGAGCAGUGCCAUUCUCGCGCGCUUCCUCGACGGCCUGCAGCAGCACGCGGCCAAGAUGGCGAGCGGGCCAGCGAGCAAGCGACGACGGACGAGCUCGAUGGGAGCGGGGAGCGGAACGACGACGAUGACGACGACGACGACGGGAACAACAGGAACGGCAGGCGAGCUGCGAGCGAUGCUGCAGCAGACGACGUUUGUGCUGCAGCUGGUGCAGGGGUCACAUCCGGAGGCGCACCCGACGCUGCUGCCGGCACUGUUCGCGGUGCUGUCAGAUCUGCAGGCGCUGCGGUCGGUGGUGGGCUCAGAGCUGGGCUACCUGCAGAACGUGGUGCUGGGCUGUCUGCUGGCGAUGAUGCCGGCCUACCAGGCAGACCGGCGGCUGCGGAUUGCGCCCUCGGUCGGACACGGCGACGUGCUCGUGAGCUGCAUCCACAAGUCGAGCUCGCCGGCGGUACAGAGCACGGCGCUGCUGCUGGUAGCCAGUCUCGCGCGCACGGCGCCCGAGGUGGUGCUGCACAGCGUAAUGCCCAUCUUCACACUGAUGGGCGGGUCAGUGCUGCGGCAGGCCGACGACUACUCGGCGCACGUGGUCAGCCAGACGAUCCGCGAGGUGAUUCCGCCACUGAUCGAGACGUUCCGCCGUGGCGCCAGCUCUGGCUCGGGCGUCGUCGCCCGCGCAGCCGAGCUGCUCUCCAGCUUCGUCAUCGCCUAUGAGCACAUCCCGGCGCAUCGGCGGCGCGAUCUGUUUCUGUCGCUGAUCGAGCACCUUGGCCCGUCCGAGUUUCUGUCGGCCGUGCUGGCCAUGUUUGCCGACCGCUACGGCGCAGCUGACGACAGCGACGUGGUCGCCUUUCUGGCCGAUCUUACGGGUGCCUUUCCGGCAGCCGUGCAGCUGCAGGCGCUCGUGCAGCUCGUCGGGCUCGCGAGCGACGUGUUUCAGCCGCGGCCGGCCCUGGCGGCCACGCUGCUCGGCCGCAAGGACGACAAGACCGGCAAGACCAGCACGGCCAGCACGACAGCCACCAACGACCUGCAGCCGGCAGCUCUGCAGGUGCUGACGCUGCUGCCACAGCUGCUGGCCAGCCGACGGCUCCGCGACGCCGUCGGCCGGCUGGACGAGGCCGACGAUGACAUGGAGACGGCCAAGAUCCGCGAGCUGUACGCGCAGCUGCUCGAGGACGUCCUAACGCUGGCCGGCACGAUCCAGGGCCGGGAGCGCAGCCAGAAGAAACCGGCCACGGUGCUGGGCGCGCUGCACGGCCGCUGCGGCGACGCGCUCGGCCAGCUGCUCCGGCUGCAGUCCAUCGGCGAGUUCCUCAAGGCCGUCGAGACGCUGCUGGACCGGCCCAGCAUGGGCGUGCGCCAGCAGGUGCUGCGGGCGCUCGAGGUGCGCGUCGACGCCGAGGCCGCCAACAGCCCGCAGGCCCGCACGGCGCUGCUGGCGUUUCUGCCGCAGCUCACCGCCGUCAUCCGCGACUCCGACGACGUGGCCUACAAACAUACCGCCGUCACGUGCGUCGAUCGCAUCGCCGACAAGUACGGCAGGCGCGACCUCGAGGCCGUCACGGCCGCUGCUGCUGCCAUUGCCGGUGACGGCUGUCUCGGCCAGCCGGAUCGCCGCCUGCGCGUCAUGGCCCUGCUCUGUCUCGCCUCGCUCGUCGACGUGCUGCAGGAGGCCGCCGUGCCUGUCCUGCCGGCUGCCGUGCCGCGCGCCCUGGCUUGUCUGCGCGAGAGUCUGGCUGCUGCCAGCCCGGAUGCCCAGCUGCACAAUGCCGCCUGCUCCUUCGUCAUGGCCCUCGCCCAACAUCUGCCCUUUAUGCUGACGGGCGCCGACCUCGACCAGCUGCUGGCCUGCUCCUUCAUCUCGGCCGAGACCGUCUUUGUCCCCGGCCACAGCGACACCGACGACGACGACGCCGCCGCCGACGCCGCCCCCAGCCGCCGCCACUGUCUCCAGCUGCUGGCUCGACAGGCCGACGCCAGCGUCUUGUUCGACGUGCUGCGUCGCAGCUGGCCCGCUGCUAUCGCGGCUGGUCACCGGGCCACGCUCGAGUGCGUCCACGUCCUCACGGCCGCCAUCGAUCGCCACACCAAGUCCACCAUUGUCAAGAACCUGCCGGCUCUGUCGGCCAUCCUGCAGGCCGCCUGCGACCUUCGCCGCGAAGCUCGUCUCGACGUCGCCGCAUCGACACCUGUCGCGCCCUCUGUCCUUCCCCACGUGUCGGCUGUCGAGACGGCCGUCCACACGGCCGCGCUGCACAUGGUCUUUAAGCUCAACGACGCCGCCUUCCGUCCCGUCUUUGCCGACCUGAUGGCCUGGUCCGACCGCGGCCUGCUGCCCCAGCCUGACCGGCUCGGCCGCUGUCUGCGCCAGCAGUCCGUCUAUGGCUUCUUGCUGCUCUUCUUUGACCGCCUCAAGUCGGCCGUCACGUCCUACGCCGCCUACGUCACCGAUGGCGCCGCCGCUGCCCUGCGCACCGCCCGCGUCGCCGACAGCGCUGACGACCGCCUUCUCUGGACGCGCGUCCUGCAGACCCUGGCUUCCUGCUUCGCCCACGACGUCGACAACGCCGGCGGCGACGGCGGCUACUGGCAGGUGCCUGCGCACUUUGCCGCUGUCGCGCCUGUGCUGGUGGAGCAGUUUUCCCGAGCACGUGACCUGACCGAAAUCGAGCCAGACGACCAGGAAGGAGAGCCUCUCACCCAUCUCACCCAUGCUGUCGUCCAGCUCGCCCGCGCCGCCAACGCGCCCGAACACCACAAGGAGCUCAACGGACUGCUCCUACGCCGCCUCCGCUCGCCCCAUGCGGCCGAGCGGCUCGCCGUCGUGCGCUGCCAGCAGGCCCUCGCCGAGACCGUCGGCGAGGAGUGGCUCGCCAUGCUGCCCGAGAUGCUGCCGUACAUGAGCGAGCUGCAGGACGACGACGACGAGGCUGUCGAUCGCGAGACCCAUCGCUGGAUCAACAUCAUCGAGGGCGUCCUGGGCGAGAGCCUCGAGACGAUGCUGCAGUGA